CAUAUUUGAACUACUCAUCGCACAUAUGGUAGACAUAUACCGCCAUAUUCUUCUUGGCUCAUCAUCAGUACCCCUUUGCCUUUUCUUGAUCAUUAUUGUUUAGGGUGGAGAUCGAUGGAGGGUAGUGCGGUGAUGAACAGAUGGAGAUGGUGGUGGGUGGUGUGCGUGGUGUUUUUGGUGUUGCAUGGGGGUACUUCAGCUCAACAGGUUCCUUGCUACUUCAUUUUUGGGGAUUCAUUGGUGGAUAAUGGGAAUAAUAAUCAACUUUCGUCUUUAGCUAGAGCUGAUUAUUCGCCUUAUGGGAUCGACUUCGACCCUCGCGGACCUACUGGCAGGUUUUCCAAUGGUAAAACCAUUGUUGAUGUGAUUGCUGAGCUCUUGGGUUUCAAUGGUUAUAUUCCUCCCUAUGUAACUGCUAGCGGUCGAGACAUACUCAGUGGGGUAAAUUACGCAUCGGCGGCCGCUGGAAUCAGAGAGGAAACUGGACGGCAACUUGGAGGUCGCAUUACUUUUAGUGGUCAAGUAAGGAACUACCAAAAUACAGUGUCUCAAAUGAUGGAUUUACUGGGAGAUGAGAACACAACAGCAAAUUAUUUAAGCAAGUGCAUAUUUUCUAUUGGUUUAGGCAGCAAUGAUUACCUUAACAAUUAUUUCAUGCCUCAAUUCUAUUCAUCCAGUAGGCAAUAUACACCAGAGCAGUGGGCAAAUAUUCUUAUUCAACAGUAUACUGAACAAUUAAGGAUUUUGUACAACCAUGGAGCAAGGAAAUUUGUGUUGAUCGGAGUGGGUCAAAUUGGGUGCAGCCCUAGUGAAUUGGCUCAAAAUAGUCCCGAUGGUAGAAAAUGUGUUCAGAGAAUCAACUCUGCCAACCAGAUUUUCAACAACAAGCUUAGAUCUCUUGUUGAUCAAUUCAAUGGCAAUACCCCUGAUGCUAAAUUUAUCUACAUCAAUGCUUAUGGUAUUUUCCAAGAUAUUACGAGCAAUCCUGCAAGAUAUGGUUUUAGGGUUACAAAUGCUGGGUGCUGUGGUGUGGGAAGGAAUAAUGGUCAAAUUACAUGCCUACCUUUUCAAACCCCAUGCCCAAAUAGGAACGAAUAUUUGUUUUGGGAUGCAUUUCACCCAACUGAAGCAGCAAACAUAGUAAUAGGGAGAAGAUCUUACAGUGCUCAAUCUGCGUCAGAUGCUUAUCCAUUUGAUAUCCGCCGGCUAGCCCAGCUCUGAAGAUGGAGAUGGUGAUUAUGGUGGCAUGAUAAUAUGAAGAUUAUAUCCAAUAUUUUUUCUGUGUUCUGCAAUUUGGGUUUUGUGUGCUUAGAAGUGCACAUAUCGAGUCCUGUCUAGCUACUUCAAGCAAGCAAUAACAAUCACAAUUACUUCA